GUGGUGAUGCAUCAGUAACAAGUACAGCUUUAAAUCAGUCACCAAAAGAAGCAGAACUAUAUAUUAAUUCAUAUAGCAGCAAUAUUGAUUCUCAAAAUUGUGACACUGUGAGGGAAGAUCAGAUCUCUGAUGAUUCUAAUAGCAAAGUUAAAGUUUUUAAAAUGAAAGAUGGAUUCCGGCGAGGCAGAAUUGAUUAUGAAUCUUUUGGAGUCUUGAGAACAAAACCAGGAAGAGUUGAUUCUGAACCAACUUUAUCAAUGUCUUGCAGUGAUAAAAUUGCUCAAUGGAAUGUUGUAGGAUUACAAUCAGCCCUAUUAUCUGAACUAAUAUCACCUAUUUAUUUAUUAUCUAUUACUGUGGGUGAUAUGUUUUAUUUAAAGGAUUUGAAUAGAGCAUUAUAUGAAAGAAUAGAGGGUCUAAAAAACCUUCCUCAUGAAUAUUCGUUACAUCAACCUAUUAUAAUUCCUUCUUUAAUAAAAUUUGAAAGGUCAAAAAGUUAUCUAUCUGAAUGUUUUCAAGACAAAGAUUUGAUUUCAUCAAAUAUAG